AGGGUCUACCUUACCAUCAAUAUUGAAUCGGAGGAUUUCUCUGUUUUUCUACUCGAGGAGAACCGUCUCCUUAGGGCAGGACACAUCGGAAAUUAACACUUGUUUCUUCUGUUUGUUUUUAAUUUGAAUUAGCCAGUUUCUUUACUGAUUACCCAAUUCCUUAAUCCUGUUACCUCCCUAAACCUGGUGUGGAUUACUUGAUAUCUAAGAUAAGGACCACUUAGGGGAUUUCUUUAUCUUGGUUUACCUCCCUUUGUUCUAUAGGGUCUUUGAUUAUACAGGGAUUCAGUAGAUUACUUAAUUUUUAUGUCAUAGCUUACUUUAGUAGCAGUAGAAGGAAGCAGCUGAUAUAGUAGAAUUGAUGACAUCUUGUGUCCAGGUAUUUCAUUUUCCAUUAGUAGGACUGUGCUUUGGUUAAUGAAAACUAAUGCCAGGUUUUAGUUACAUUGACAAUACCAUAAAUCAAUAGUCUUUCAUUAAGCACAGCUCUCACCUAAUCCCUGGGAAUAGCACAUGCAGGGGAAGUAACUUUUGGAUGUCAUCACUGAAGUGUGAUCUAAAAUAAUGAUAUAAAAAGAUGGGAGAAAUAUCAAGUGUAACUUCCGGCGAUUGAGAUGGCGAAGUGAUUGAUUCUUUAUGAAAUUUGCGUUAAUCUGCUUUUGUCCGGCCCCAAUGCCCCAUGUCCAAUGUUGUUUCAACAAAUGGACUUGACAUAAAAAAAUCUGUUGUUGGGAGAGCGAAGUGUUGACAGGGUAUGGGGGAUUCUGUAAGCUGUUAUACAAACGUCGGCCGUGCAUCUUUGUUGGGCGAUAAUGUUUAGAUCCCUACUGUAAAUCCAGCGUGUCAAUAUUAUACCUGGUCAUUACUGAUACUUCAACCCGAGGAGGAAACGCGGGGUUUAAAUUUGACAACGGAAACUUGUAUUUGAUUUUGAGUUCAGGAUAGAUUGUUUAUUUGGAAAUGCUUUAUCUGCACUAUCAGCUGUGUUUUUGGGGAAAGAGAAAGUUAUAAAUGAUCUCAAUUGGUAUCCAUCAUGAGGAGAUGAAUGAAAACAAUCCAGUUGACUGAUUAAAAUGAAUAAGGUCAUCAUCAUGAAGGUGCUUGAGGUCCUAUUGAUGAUCUGCUUCAUCAGAACUCUUCAUGGACAGGAGACAGAGGAGCUCAACUACAAGAUCCUAGAGGAACAGAUGCCCUCAACCUUUGUAGGAAACAUAGCCAAUGACAGCAAUAUAAGAAACGAAGUGACGCCCGUGAUGCUGAAGCAGUUGAAAUUUCAGAUCUGGAAUGGUGGAAACACUGCAUACGACAAGUUGUUCCGCAUCAUUGAAUCCACAGGUCGUCUUGAAACGGCAAAACUUAUCGACCGAGAAGAGGUUUGUCAGCCCACCAGCAGCUGUAUCCUAAGUCUGGGAGUGGCAGUUUUUAAGCCAGACAACGAGUUGCUGAAAGUGAUUAAGGUGCUUGUGACGGUGGAUGACAUCAAUGAUAACUUCCCUGCCUUUCCUCAGCCUUCCAUAUCCCUUCAGAUCUCGGAAUCCAGUGACAUUGGUCACACUCUCCUGACCAGCACCGCCCACGAUGGGGACAGCGAGAGUCAGAACUCGGCCUUGACCUACCAGCUUCUGUCUGGCGGGAACACCUUUAGCGUCCGGACUGUUCCAGAUGUGGACUCUAGAGAAAAUCUGGAGAUUGUGGUGGAGAAAAAACUGGACAGAGAAGUACAAGAUUUCUAUCAGUUAGUGAUUGUGGCCAAAGAUUCUGGGAGUCCACAAAGAAAUGGAACUCUGCAUGUAAAUAUAACUGUGCUGGAUUCCAAUGACAAUGCUCCAAGCUUCCUCAAUAACACUUACAAUAUAACGGUACAAGAGGACCAAGCUAAGGGAACAGUAAUAAUCAAUUUAUCUGCAGAAGAUGAUGAUAUUGGUGAUAAUGGCAAGGUUACUUAUGAGUUCAGCUCUCGGACCUCUUCACAGGUCAAAGAUGCAUUUCUGUUAAAUGAGACAACAGGAGAAAUUAAGAUCAGCAGUCCUUUGGAUUAUGAGCAGGAAACCAAGUACCAGUUUGUUGUCAUUGCAAGAGACAACGGCAGAACCUCCCUGUCAACACAAGUCAUUGUCAACAUCACAGUGUUGGACAUCAACGACAAUGCACCACAGAUCAACAUCAACCUGCCACCAGGGGGCACUGGGGUGGUAGAGAAUGCGGAGAUCGGUCAGUAUAUAGCCACUGUGGUUGUAACUGAUUCGGAUGGAGGUGAAAAUGGAACUGUCAAUUGUACCAUCUCUAACGAAAACUUUAACAUUGUGAAAAUGUUCUCAAACAUAUUCAAAAUUACAUUGGGUAGUCGGUUGGACAGAGAAAGAGUACCUGAGCAUAAUGUGACCAUCAACUGUUUUGACUUUGGAAAACCUCCCAAAACUAACAAGACUUUCUUCUAUGUUAAAGUCAGUGAUGUUAAUGAUAAUGUUCCUGUGUUUAGCCAAAACAUUUACGAAGUUGAUUUUCCAGAAAACAACAACAUUGGUGAUAUGGUGGUUCAUGUUACUGCUACGGACAAAGAUGAAGGGGAAAAUGGCCAGGUUACCUACAAGUUUAAAACUCUUCAGUCAUAUUUUGCUAUCAACCCUACGUCUGGAAUAAUCUCAGCAAAUCAUAUUUUUGAUAGAGAAAACAUGUCUGAUUUAACAUUUCAAGUUAUUGCAAGUGAUAAUGGCGUCAAUGGGCAAAAGUUUACAUCUACUGCAACAGUUGUUGUUAAAAUUACAGACAAAAAUGAUGAAUAUCCAAUUUUUUCCAGGAAUAGAUAUGAUAUUAUUGUCCCUGAAGAACAACCUAUAUCUAAACCCAUUGAACAGUUUUCAGCUGUGGACAAAGACAUUGGAGGAAAUGGUCAGUUCUAUUUCCGAAUUGAAGAAGGAUAUUCAAAUGUCUUUACAAUUGAUGCCUCUCGAAGUCUAAAAACAAAAAUCCUCCUAGAUCGAGAGAAAAAAGAGGAAUACCAUUUUCAAAUCUAUGUGAUUGACAGAGGUACACCAGCCCUGACCAGUUCUGCUAAUGUAUCCCUCUACCUGAAAGACAUUAAUGAUAAUCCACCCCAAGUUUACUAUCCUAAUGAUCGGAACAACUCAAUUUCGCUAUCCCUCCAGUCAGUACCUAAGACAAUCAUCGCCAGAGUGAUCGCCAACGACACGGACAAGGGAGUCAAUGCCCACCUAACCUACAGCAUUAUUCAGGGAAAUGUUGUCAAGUUGUUCUCCAUAGACAACCAGACUGGUGUCAUCAGACUCGAGCGAGUUCCUGUGGAAGAGGAAGCAGGGACUUACAACCUUGUCAUUGCGGUCACUGAUUCUGGAGUUCCUUCCAAGACGAACUGGACUCAUCUUGUCAUCAUUGUGGGAGAAAAAUCCAAUUCCCAGAAUCUGAUUAUUGUCAUUGUCGUUUGCUCUGUUACCAUGGUGAUCUCCCUGGCUCUGAUCAUGAUUAUUUGCAUUAUCAGAAAGAGAGACAAUGAAAAGUACAAGGACAAGGGGAACCAGUUUAAAACGCCACACAAGAGCAUCCUUAAAAAAUGCCUUUUCUGUUUUGAUUUCGAGAAAGAUUCAAAAUUAUCGACAAUGCCCGAGAACAACAAUAAGUACAGCGAAUCCUCCCAUAUGCCCUCUGAUGAUGACAAAAUAUACACACAACUAGUGAGCAGCAAUAAGCCAGAUCUGACCAGGGUGGACAGUGGCAUUGUGGAGCACUCACCCCCAGACAGUGGACAUGGGGACAGCGUGGAUGUUGGCAGUGAAAUCUACAAAUCUGAUAUGGACCUUUCUUCAGCUCCUUAUUCUUCAUCUGGCUUUACCAACAAAUCCACACACUCCCUCUCUGCUGGACACUCUGAACAGGAUAUUCCAAAUAACUCCCCCUGGCAUCAGAAGCCCAGAGUGACUUUCAGUGACUUCCAGCGUAACAUCAGCCUUGAUGAACAAGCGCUGCGGAGGAAUCCUAAACCUCCGAUUUAUUUCGCCAGAUUCAGGUCCAGUUCCGAAUCUGAGCAUUUAUCCAAGGACUCGUCCAUGAGUCAAGAUAAAAUAGACCUAUCUCACAGCUCGUCAUUCAAGCAUAAUAACAUUGACUUGUCUCAGUCCUAUUCUGGACCUUUCUUUUCAAAGAGUCUUGACAGGAACAAUAAAAAUAUUCACUUUGCUCGAGCAAGACCAAAGCUCUCGCACCAGACAUCUCGUUCUGCUGUGAGACGAGAACUUCCUACAAUCAGUGCUUCUCCCGAUCCAUAUGAUCCUAUUCAGGAGCUGACCGAGAUCUCAUACCAGGACACCAAUCCUUACAGACAUCACCAUGACAACAGUUAUUUCAGGGACCAAUCCUCUUUUAAUGGCAGCCAGUCCCAGAUUUCCCAGGAUCCAUCGCUGGACUACAAAGGGAAGAUAACUCUUGGAGACAACCAGUCGCAGCACUCCAAUGACACCACCCUGGCGAGUUUUGCCAUCAACCCCUCAAAUUUUGACAGUGUGAUCAAUACUGAUAUUGUGGUUUGACAUGUGUUAUCAUGAUAAAACUAUGAGACAAUCAAAACUUUGUGCCAUACUUAUGACGUAUAAUACUGUAUAGGUAGUGCUAAGCAUUUUUCAGUUUGUUAUUGUUUUUUAGUUUAUUGUCAUGUUUUAUUCUAAAUCCUUUAAAAUUACGGCAGAAUUACAAAUGUACUAUAACACUAUAGUUUCAUAUCUCAAAUAGCAAUGAAUUUAUUGAAAAUUGAGAUGUGCUUAAAAUAUUAUGGAGGUGAGGUAGUCAACAUAUUAACGAUCAGAUCUAGCUAACUUUUUAGAUAUGAAUUAAUUUUUAAAGCUAUGAAUUAUCAUAUUAUUAAGUAUAGAAAAUAGUUUAUUUUAAAAUUGAAAAUGUCCCUAUAUCUUGAUACAAAUCUCUUUUUUUAAGGAGAUUAAUAUAGUCCUAAAAAUGGUCAGGACCAUUCAGCCCCCUUAAAAUAUGGAGAUCAGUUUUUCAGGUAGCAGAUGUGAUGUACGUCCAGCAUGAAAUUUUUUUUAGGAGAUUUAUGUAAUAUUUCAAUUGUCUCAAACCCUGUAAAAUGCUCAGUUUUUAGUUAUAUUGUUGAUAUAAUGAUUUUUAUUUUAAUGCUGUUUUGACUGAAUUAAUGUUUUAAUAAUAGUU